AUGGGCAUCGACACCGCCGCCCCGAUCCUCAUCGUUGGUGCCGGAGUAUUCGGCCUCUCAACUGCCCUCGAGCUGACUAAGAGGGGAUACCAGAACAUCACCGUCCUCGACCGACACGUCCCUCCAGUUGUCGAUGGAAGCAGUGUUGAUAUUUCGCGCAUUAUUCGAGCCGACUAUGCCGAUCCGCUCUACGCACAGAUGGCAUUGGAAGCCCACAAAGGGUGGACAUCCACAUACUCCGACUUCUACCACAAGUCUGGUUUCGCGCUGUUUACAGAAACGCCAAACGCGUACCUACAAAAGUCGAAAGAGACUAUUAUCGAAAAGGGCGGCCACGUCGAUGAACUGUCGGACCUUGCACAGCUUCGCGCCCUCUAUCCGGCGGUCGAAGCGAGCAUCCCCGGUGCGCAAGGCUACCAUAACCCGACCGGAGGAUGGGCAGACGCAGCUGGAAGCAUCGGCUUCCUGGCCUCACAAUGCAGUGUCGCUGGGGUCUCUUUCAUAACCGGUCGCCAUGGAACAGUGCACUCGCUGCGUCGCUCAGGUGAUAAGGUUGUCGGCGUCAACAUCGUCAACGGAACUCAUCUCCUUGCGUCGCAAGUCAUACUCGCUACGGGCGCAUGGUCAAACCGACUCAUCGACCUCUCCCACGCCGCAGCCUCCUCCGGUCAGCCCGUUGGAUUCUUGCAACUCACCCCCGAGGAAGCGCAGAAAUUCGCCAAAGUCCCCGUCAUGAUCAAUUUCAGCACCGGUGUCUUCUCCUUCCCUCCAACACCCGGAACCAACAUUCUUAAACUCGCCCGGCACGGCUACGGCUACGCGACCGAGGCCACAUCCGAAGCAACUGGGCGAACAGUUUCAGGGCCCAGGCGAGACGCAAGCAAUGCUUCCUCCGGAUACUUGCCAGACGAUGCGGAUGAAGCUCUGCGCCACGGUGUAAAGCAGCUCUUCCCUAGCUUGCAGGAUCGUCCGUGGUUGAAUCGUAGGAUGUGCUGGUACACAGAUACUCCGACUGGUGACUUUAUCAUCGACCAUCAUCCGACGCUGCAGGGCUUGUUUGUGGCGACUGGUGGAGCAGGACAUGGCUUCAAGUUCCUCCCCGUUCUCGGCAAAUACGUCGCAGAUUGCUUUGAAGACAAAGCCGCCAAGGAACUCCGCGAGAAGUGGCGGCUGAAGCCCGCGAGGGACGAAGCCGGGACUGUCAACAUGUCGGGUGACGGAAGCCGCGGAGGGCCUCCGCUGCGGAAAUUGACGGUCGUGGAGCAGUCCAAGCUGUGA